CGUUUUUGUCACUCCUCCACCACCACCACAGGCGGCACCACCACCACCACCACCACCAAUGGCAACCGAUAUCUGACAUUACAGGGUCAAGCGUGAUAUGCCUUUCUUUGCUCAAGAUUUGCUAGGGUAACGUUUAAUUUGAGAUUUCAAAUUGAAAUUAAUUGCGAUGGCUGCGAGUGUUUGUUCAUCGGAAGAAGACAACAACAAUAUCUCUAGUAGUAGUGGGAGAUGUUGUGAGGAGAGCUACAGUCUUAGUGCUGACAUCAGCGAGUCUGAGAGUUCGAGCGGUUUCUCUGGUUGCCGGUAUGACGAUGGUGCUUCUUCCAGUUCGUUGAAAUCUUCUUCGUUUGCUGCUUGUCAUUCUGUUUCCGGUAAUGAUUCUAUCUUCCCGCUGCCGCCGUUCACGUUCCCGCUGAUUGGCGGGAACGAGGGCCUCAUGAUUUGGGACAAGAAGAAGCCUCAGAAACAGCCUGAUGCAGAUUUAUCUGAAAUUGAUAUGAUGAAGGAAAAGUUUGCUAAGCUAUUGCUUGGAGAAGACAUGUCUGGAGGGGGCAAAGGUGUCUGCACUGCCCUAGCAAUUUCAAACGCCAUAACAAAUCUCUCUGCCUCUGUAUUUGGGGAGCUGUGGAGGUUGGAGCCAUUGGCACCACAAAAGAAGGCAAUGUGGCAAAGGGAGAUGGAUUGGCUUCUAUCUGUAAGUGACUCCAUUGUGGAUUUUGUACCUUCAAUACAACAAUCUCCUGAUGGGGGCACUUAUGAAGUAAUGGCAACAAAGCCAAGGGCAGAUUUGUCCAUGAAUCUCCCAGCUCUGAAGAAGCUUGAUUCAAUGUUAAUCAGUAUGCUAGAUGGGUUUUGUAAUACGGAGUUCUGGUAUGUUGAUCGUGGCAUAGUUUUAGCAGAAGGUGACAGUUGUGAAGCAUUUCCGUCCCGCAUUUGUGGUGGGAGGCCUUCAAUUAGGCAAGAAGAGAAGUGGUGGUUACCUUAUCCGAAACUCCCUCCAAAUGGCUUAUCCGAGGAUGCCAGAAAGAGAUUGCAGCAAUGCAGGGACUGCACAAACCAGAUUCUCAAGGCAGCCUUGGCAAUAAAUAGCAAUGUACUUGCUGAAAUGGAGAUCCCAAAUGCUUACUUGGAGUCCUUGCCGAAGAAUGGAAAAGCAUGUUUAGGCGAGAUCAUCUACCGCUACAUAACUGCUGAAAAGUUCUCUCCAGAAUGUCUACUUGAUUGCCUAGACUUGUCAUCGGAGCACCACACUCUGGAAGUAGCAAAUCGGGUCGAAGGAGCAAUUCAUGCAUGGAAGUUGAAAGAUGGGAGAAGUCAUCCAAAAGCCAAACUUUCAUCAUGGAGUGGCAAAAUUAAGGGUCUAGUUGCUGAUGGUAGUGACAAGAACACUUACUUGACACAAAGAGCAGAAACCCUUCUACAUAGCUUGAGACUUCGAUUUCCCGGCCUUCCACAAACUUCAUUAGAUAUGAGCAAAAUUCAAUAUAACAAGGAUGUUGGGCAGUCGAUUCUUGAAAGCUACUCAAGGGUAAUGGAGAGCUUGGCAUUUAACAUAAUGGCAAGGAUUGAUGAUGUUAUGUUUGUAGACGAUGCCACGAAACGUUCAGAAUGUUUAUCCACAUUCAAGAGAGGAGGGCUUGGAGGUCGUCCAAUCCAAAAGCGAAUGUCUCCAAGUCCAUUCUCGAUCCAACACACCCCUUAUUCCUCACCAUUUGCCACUCCAACAUUUUGUUCGUCACCAAUUUUGAUUCGUAGUCCAGGUAGAGCACAUACUACUCCUAUCGACGAUAAAUUGGAUAUUGUGAAGCCUGGUGACCUGGACAAGCUAUGGACUUAUGCUGCUGGGAGUCUUAAUGGCGGAAGCGUAACAGAGCGAGAUUGAAGUUGCUAGUGUUGUAUAUGUGUUUAGGCAGCGCGGAUUUUAGUUAGCGAUAUGCGAUAGAUUGUUUUGCGUAUGAUGAUGAUGAUGAUAAGGGAAGGGAAUAUGAUGAGGUUUUAUUGUUGGGGUUGGUGUUGUUUGUUUUCCAAAUUGGGAAUAAUCAAUGUUAGGUGUUUGGUGAAA